AUGGCAGUUCUCAUAGGAAAUUACUCAGUUUCAAUGAUACUGGUCAGCGCUUUCAUUCUGGCUUUAACAUAUAUCACCUACAAACUCCUAGGGGACUAUGUUUCCAAGUAUAUUAUUAUGAAGCCCAUUCCUGAGAUGGGACCAACAUACCCCAUCAUUGGAAAUGCACAUCAGCUGAAAACCGAAGCAGAAGCAUUUUUUAAACAAGUGGUGGAACUCAGUAAAGAAAAGUUCACACUGCCAAUGUAUAAGAUUUGGAUUGGAACCGUCCCAUUUGUCAUCCUGUACCAUGCUGACACUGUUGAGACCAUUCUGAACAACGCCAUUCACAUGGACAAAGCUCAUGCAUACAACUUCCUGCACCCCUGGCUUGGCACAGGUCUGCUCACAAGCACUGGCACCAAAUGGCGACAGAGGAGGAAGAUGCUGACCCCAACCUUCCACUUCUCUAUUCUGGCUGACUUCCUGGAUGUGAUGAAUGAGCAGGCUGAGAUCCUGGUGGAGAAGCUGCAGAAGAAGGCUGGCAUGGGAGUGUUUGACUGCUUCCCCUAUGUCACCCUGUGUGCUCUGGACAUUAUCUGUGAAACUGCCAUGGGAAAGAAAAUCUAUGCUCAGAGCAACUCUGAGUCUGAGUAUGUCAAGUGUGUAUACAAAAUGAGUGACAUUGUCAGUCGAAGACAGAGGGCCCCCUGGUUUUGGACGGACUUCCUGUACUAUAUUAUUGGAGAUGGCAAGGAACACGAUAAGACACUCAAGGUUCUACAUUCCUUCACAUACAAAGUGAUACAUGACAGAGCGGAGAACAUUUCCAACAUUGAAUCAGACAGUGAGACAGACGGGAAGAAGAGGCGGGCAUUUCUGGACAUGCUCCUGAAGACCACAGACGAAGAGGGCAACAGCAUGAGCCACCAGGACAUUCAAGAGGAGGUGGACACCUUCAUGUUUGAGGGUCAUGAUACCACAGCUGCUGCCAUGAACUGGACUCUACAUCUGGUGGGCUCCCACCCCGAGGUACAGCGUAAAGUGCACCAAGAACUGGACGAGGUGUUCGGGACAUCAGAGAGGCCCAUAAAUAUAGAAGACUUAAAGAAGCUCAAAUACCUGGAGUGUGUGAUCAAAGAGGGACUUCGGCUGUUCCCCUCCGUCCCAUUCUUUGCCCGCACCAUUUGCCAGGACACUACCAUCAAGGGCUUCAAAAUUCCUAAAGGUUCCAACGUCAUAAUCUUCGCAUAUGUGCUGCAUCGAGACCCACGGUACUUCCCAGAUCCUGAGGAGUUCAGACCAGAGCGAUUCCUCCCAGAAAACUCAAUGGGACGACCUGCCUAUGCCUACAUACCCUUCUCUGCUGGACUCCGCAACUGCAUUGGCCAGCGUUUUGCCCUGAUGGAGGAGAAGGUCGUGUUGGCGUCCAUAUUGCGGAGCUUCACUGUGGAGGCGUGUCAGAAACGAGACGAACUACAUCCAGUAGGAGAACUGAUCCUACGUCCAGAGAAGGGCAUCAGGAUCAAACUAGAGAGAAGGACUCCAUGUAACACCAAACAUUAA